CAGAUCACGUUAUGAUGCCACUCUAACAGAAGCAGGUCCUCCAGCACGUUACCAACUGAACACAGAAAGAAAAUAUAUUGAUGGGAUGAAUAAAAAGGUCAGACGAUGGACAUAUGGAAGAAGAGACAAAAACAAGCAGAACAAAGUCAUACUGAUGGUGGGAGAAACUGGUACUGGGAAAACCACCAUGAUCAACACCAUGAUCAACUACUUACUGGGAGUGAAGUUUGAGGAUGAAGAGUUUUAUCAAAUCACAGAAGAAGAAAAACAUGAAGAUCAAACAAAAUCCCAGACAUCUGAGAUCACUGUUUAUGAGGUGUUUGUUGAAGAAAACCCAACAUCUCUGACCAUCAUUGACACCCCAGGAUACGCAGACACUGAAGGAUACGAGAAAGAUAGAGAGAUUUCUGAGUAUCUGAUCAGAUUAUUCUCAGAUGAGGAUGGGAUUUAUUAUAUUGAUGCAGUGUGUUUUGUGAUGAAGGCGACUCAGAAUCGAAUCUCUGGAAAAGAGCUUUACAUAUUUCACUCAGUUCUGUCUCUGUUUGGUAAAGAUAUAGAGACUGGAAAAGAGCUUUACAUAUUUCACUCAGUUCUUUCUCUGUUUGCUACAGAUAUAGAGAACAACAUAGUGUUUGUACUCACACAGUCAGAUGGAGGACCUCCAAGAGAUGCUCUCAGUGCCAUUAAGAAAGCAGAAAUACCCUGCAGAAAAGAUGAAGACAAUGAACCUGUUUACUUCUUAUUCAACAACCGACAGAAAGAGAAGAGAACCAAACGGUAUAAGCGAGUUUUGAAAUCAGCCUGGGAAAUGGGAGACGAAAGCAUGAAUGAGUUAUUCACACCCCUGGACGAAAAGAACAGAAAAAGUCUUAAGUUGACAUUAAAUGUUCUGAAAGAGCGAAGACGACUUGAGGCCUGUGUCUCUAAUCUGAUGGAGCAAAUCACUGAGAAGGAGUUAAAAACUGAAGAACUGAAUCAGAUUCAGGAAGUCGUCAGAAAGAACAGAGACAAGAUUCAGAAAGAUGAAAACUUUGAGUUUAUAAUCAAGAGAGUUUUCAAAGAAAAAGUCCUCAUUGAAAAUGAAUGGUGGUGGAACAGCAACGCGACCUGCUGCUCCACUUGUGAGGAAAACUGUCAUUUGGAGGGCUGCUGGUGGGCAACAGAUCCUUCAAAGUGUGGAGUCAUGGAAAACAACAAGUGCACUGUGUGUUCAGGGAAGUGUCCUCCAAGCGAACAUGUCAAAGAGAACAAAAAAUAUGUGAAAAAAACAAAAGAUGUCACUAUGACAUUUUAUGCGCUGAAAGCCAUGCUUCACAUUUUUGAAAGGCCUCAAAACAGUUUUGACAAAAACUGUUACAUGAAAGAGUCUGAGAAUGAAACAGAAAUAGAAGAAAAACUGAUCAGUGAUCUGGAGAAGAUUGCAAAUGAAAAGUUCAACCUGCUGCAUGAAGCUUACAUGACCAUCAUUAAUCUGUGUGAGAUUGCAUUAAAAGCAGACAGCGCUUUCACUCUUCGGCAUCUGGAUUUCUUGAUUCCCAGACUGAAGAAGGAGGGAAAAGAUGAAUGGAUGAAGAACCUGGAGGAUCUGAGGAAAGCUGGAGAAGAACAGAACAAUAAGGGGGCUUUAGAUCAUUUGAUGCGUUUCACUGGGCUGAAAAACUGA